AUGGCUUGUAAUAAAGCUCUUUCUGCAGUUGCUUGCACUUUCGAGUUUACCAACAAUGCAAACGAGGAUCUUUAUCUCUUGAAACGUGGUACACCUCUUGAAGGACUUUUCUCUCAAUUUCUCACUGUCUCUGUUGCUGGUAGUCCUAUCGAAUAUGAUGGAAUAUUUGCUCAUCGUCUUCCUCCUACAAAAGAUGAGUUUGUUCUCUUGAAGGCAGGUGAAGGCAUUUCUGCAUCAGUCCAAAUCACUGAUGCAUUUAGCAUUGAUACUGAUGGUCUCUACACUGUACAGUACAGCAGACCUUUACUGUAUCUGACAGUGGAUGAGAUGACUAACAACCAACAAAUACUUGAUGCUCAUAGGCUGCUCUGCAAUGGGAUUGAUAGAAUAAGAAUUGGUAAUAAUUAUUUGUAUCAGAAAUGGUUUGGGGCUUAUACAAGACAAAGGGCAUUCAGAGUAUUUGAUGUCUAUAACAGAAUAAAAGGUGGAUUGGCAGGUUAUGCAGUUACCUAUGUGAAUGGUGGCCCAUACUGCAAGCCUUCUUGGUAUGGCUAUACUUAUAGAGGUUACAGCACCACUACGGUUUGGAUUUGCAAUGCUUUUUAUGCAUUUCCCGUUUCUUGUGGAAGUCCAGGUACUUACACCAAGGAGUUUGGACUGAUUCAUGAAUGGAGUCAUGCUUUUGGUAAUACAUUUGAUCAUGUAUAUGGCUUCAUUCAAAGUCAAGAUUUAGCUAGAUUCUAUCCUGAUACAGCAGUUGAUAAUGCUGAUAACUAUGGAUGGAAUUACUGCGAAUGGCAGUAA